AGUACUUAGCAGAUUUGAAAGUGAAGCAGGUAGACCUCAGAUUUACCUUGCUCUGCUGGUUGGGGUGAUGGCUGCAGUUUCUCUGGGUUGUUUUUUGGGUUCUGCUGUUAUAUCAGGAAAGAUCUUUUCAUUACUUGGUGGAUUUGACAGUGAAACAAAUACACUUCUGCUUUACCUUGGUGUGCUGGCUGUGGUGAUGGCUGUAGUUUCUCUGGGUUGUUCGCUGGGUUCUGCUGUUAUGAGACAAAAGAUGUUGUCAUUAUGUUGCAGAAUUGCCAGUGAAACAGGUAGACUUCUGUGUUACCUUGCUCUGCUGGUUGGGAUGAUCGCUGUAGUUUCUCUGGUUUUUUUUCUGGGUUCUGCUGUUAUAACACGGCAGAUCUUUUCAUUACGUGGUGUAUUUGACAGUGAAACAGAUACACCUCUUCUGCACCUUGGUUUGGUGUUUGCGGUGAUAGCUGUGGUUUCUAUGGUUUGUUUUCCUGGUUUUGCUUUUAUAGCAGGGAAGAUCUUUUCAUUACGUAGCAGAAUUGACAGUGAAACAGAUACACUUCUGCUUUACCUUACUCUGCUGGUUGGGAUGAUGGCUGCAUUUUCUCUGGUUUUAUUUCUGGGUUUUGCUGUUAUAACAGGACAGAUCUUUUCAUUACGUAGCAGAUUUGACAGUGAAUCAGGUAGACUCCUGCUUGACGUUGGUGUGGUGGUCGUGGCGAUUGUUGUAGUUUCUCUGGUUUGUUUUCUGGGUUUGGCUGCUAUAACAGGAAAGAUCUUUUCAUUACGUCACGGAUUUAACAGUGAAACAGCUCAAAGUCCAGCACCUACAUCAAACUUUAUCAAAAGUUGUUCUAUAUCAGAUGAUGCAGAAGAAGGACAUCAAACAGAACUAAAUCAACUAAACAAUGGUGAACCAAACCAAGAUGAAGAUGGGAGGUCAGAUGGACCAACAGCAUGAAGUCACUGGUUAUAGUCAGCUGGCAUUUUCAACAAUGGACCUUUUUCACUGCAGCCACUUUGUGAUGAAAUAGCAGCAUAAAGCAGGGCAGCUUCUGUCCACAGGCAGUAAGGCUUAGCAACAGCCAGUGGAGUCACAGCCACAUCAGCAUCUGGACUGAAUAUACUGCAGCUGAGGGGUUUGAAUAUGUACAUGGUCUGAGUGUGUGAGUGAGUGAGUGAGUGAGUGAGUAAGUGAGUGAGUGAGUGUGU